AUGCUGAAAACGCCGGACAUGCUCCUUCUCUUCUUCUGUCUUGUCGGGGCAGCGGAUGCCCUGCACAAACAGUGGAUUCCUGACACCAACUAUGAGAAUAAGACCAACUGGGACAAAAAAGAUGUUCCAUGUGGCAAUGACAUAGUUUGGUUUCCUGCCCAGAGAAAAGUGUCUGUGUUCGUGGAGACCAUGCAUGCUGUGCAGGAGAUGAGGCUGCCAGUUGGUGGAGAGUUCAUCCUGAAUUCAGGGGCUGGGUUUCAUGUUGUGACCGGUAAAGAUCCGGGCUGUGGAGCGGGUGUUACGACAAAGUUCAAAGAUUCAGAGUCUCUUCAGUGGUUUAACCCAGCACUGUGGCAGGCAGCUGCAACUCUGGAGGACCUGCAGCUUGGAAACUUCUUAUUCUCAGUCCACGAGGAGAGUGUCCCUUGUCAGCAUGACGAUGUGGUUUUUAAAGCUCGCUCCUCAUUCAGGGUGGACACCAGCUCCAGCCAGUCUAGCGUUCCUGUCAAAUCUGUGUCUGUGCUGGGAAAGAAGUUUGAAAGCAGUUCUGAGUUCUCCUGGUAUCUCAUCUCACGUUCAGGCCUGCUGCAGUUUCACGGAUCCUCUGCCGUCACUCUUAGAAACCAAGAGUGUGGGGAUCUUUCUGGCUGUGACUGUGGGAAUUCUGGAAACCGUCAGCGGAUCUGUAACACUGUAACAUGUGCCUCUCUGAGCUGUAAGAACCCUCUCCUUCCUGUAGGACACUGCUGUGAAGUUUGUGGGGCCAUUGUCACCAUCCGGUAUGCCACCGGUUUCAACCUGCAAACUUACAGGCAACGAAUACGUCACAUAUUUCUCAUCCUCCCACAAUACAAAUCCAUUCAGCUGGGCAUGUCCAAAGUCUUCAAGUCACAGCGGUUGAUGGGGAUCGGCCCUUUUGGUACCUCACCUGAGAUCCAGGUGGUUAUCCUGGACGGAGAGGAGGGAACACAGUCAGAAGAUCUGGCCCGGGACAUAGUGAAGGAUGCCCAAUCUCAUGGCUCCAACCUGGGAAUCACCGAUGCUGAAUUUCAAGCCUCCUCUGGGAGCAGCAGCGAUCAGACUGGAGGAAAUACUGGGAUGGUGGUUGGAGUUGUGUUUGGAGUUUUGAUUGUGAUUACACUUAUAAUCAUUGUGGUUUUCCUGAUUCGUAAGGGGGUUGUUCAAAUGCCAUCAUCGCUGCCUUCGUUGCCGUCUCUGAGCAGCUUUAAGAGAAGCAGGGAUGUUGAAGACCUUGGUGGGCCUCUUGACCACGGCUUUGAUAAUCCCAUUUUUAACAAUCCAAGCAUACUGUCUAAUGUUCCUGGACUGUAUGCGACUGAAACAAAUAAUUCAAUCUCCAUGACUCAGACAGGUGUACACUUUAGUAAUCCAGUUUAUGAUGAGAAUGAAACUGAUUUAAGUGCCUGAAGUUGACUACAGUGAACCUUAAAGAUAUUAAUGAUUUCCAAAGUGCUUUUGAUUAACUUGAUGAUUUUA